AUGGUGGACGUCCGGAACGUUAAGCGCCAUGACAGCUUCGGCCUCCGCAUGCAGGCAUCCUCGUUGUCGUUGCCAUCACCGGCCAGCGGCGAUGUGGGCGGUGACCAGCCAGGGGGCAAACUCCCCAGCACAAAGAGAUGCAGCUUCCCGCAGUGCCGAAAGCGACCUACCUACGGCGUGGAGGGAAGCAAGACGGCAGAGUUCUGUGCCCCGCACGCGCAGCCCGGGAUGGUGAACGUGUCUCGCAAGAAAUGCGGCCACUUCGGUUGCAACAAGCACCCGUCGUACGGAGUGCGCGGGACGAAGAUUACCGAGUUCUGCGCUCAGCACGCGAAGCCUGGCAUGGUCGAUGUCUGGGGCAAGAGGUGCGCCCACCCUGGGUGCGUCAAGCACCCGACGUACGGUUUGGUAGGUAGCAAGAGAGCGGAAUACUGCGCCCCGCAUGCCACGAUGGACAUGGUCAACGUCUCGGCCAAGAAGUGCGGCCACGACGGCUGCACCAAGCAACCGUCGUUCGGGGUCAACGGAAGCAAAACGGCGCAGUUCUGUGUCCAGCACGCUGAGCAGGGGAUGGUCGACGUUCGCAACACCAAGAGGUGCGCCCGUGAGGGAUGCACCAAGCACCUGACGUACGGGGCAGAUGGCACCAAGAUGGCGGAGUUUUGUCCCGAACACGUCGAGGACAGGGCGAUGGCCGACGAUUUCGCGAGUAGGUGCACCCACCCAGGUUGCACCAAGCAGCUGCCGCCAUCUGGUGCGGGCGGAGGCAGGGCGACGCAGCUCUGCGCCGAUCAUGCCAAAUCGAGGGCGGUGGGCACCCGCAACUACAGGAGGUGUGGCCAUCCGGGGUGCACCGCGCACCUCAUGUACGACGCGGACGGCACGAGCAUGGCGGAGUUUUGCCCCCGGCAUUCUGAGAAGAAAACCGUAGCCACCGCCGUUGCUGAUAAGAGAUGCAAACAUCCAGGCUGCCCCAAGUACCCGUCGUUCGGCUUCACCGGUAGCAGAACGCCCGAGUUUUGUGUCCAACAUGCUCAGGACGGAAUGUUCGACAUCCGCAACAAGAGGUGUUGCCACCCGGGCUGCACGAAGCACCCAACGUACGGGGUGGUAGGGACGAAGACGGCCCUUUUCUGUGCCCCCCAUGCUCAGGGUGGGAUGCUGAACGUUAGUGCCAAAAAAUGCGGGCGUGUCGGGUGCGCAAAGCAGCCGUCGUUCGGCUUCAGUGGUAGCAGGACGGCGCACUUCUGCGUGCAACACGCGGAGCACGGGAUGGUCGACGUCCGCAACGUCAAGCGGUGCAGCUACCCAGGCUGCUCGAAGCACCCUUCCUACGGCAUUGCCGGCACCAAGAGGUCCAAGGCCAUGUUUUGUGCGCCGCACGCUGAGGCCGGCAUGGUCAACGUCCUGGGCAAGAAGCGGAUGCGGGACCCCGUCAGCAGUAGCAACACGGUCGGCGGAGAAGAUGGUGGGAACGGAGGCGACAACGUAAGCGACGGUGUGCAAGAGGCUGCGGGAUACCUCAUCGCUACUGCAGAGAGGAACACCAACGGUAGCAGCGCGAAUGAGGACUCAUCAUCUAACCGCCCCGGGAACCCCGCCCGCGUCGUGGAGCCCAUUGCGGCGGGCUUGGUUGUCGGGGACUGGGUGGCAGAUGGGGCGGUCGCCAGCAAAGACGAACGCAUGGGUGAGGCCUACCAACUAGUCGAGAAGCAACAAGAGCCCCAUCAAGAAGACACCCCUGAAGUUGGUCUGGGCCCUGCGUGGGAGUCCACCGACAAUGCCCAGGGAAGUGCACGGGGUGAACCGUCCGCUGGGUUCAGAAGGAAAAGGAGGAUGCUGGAUGACGUUUAA